AUGAGUCAACAAACAAAUACAACGAACUGGGUGAUACAGGGAUCCAAUGGCCAACCACAAAUGAUAAAGUUGGUGCAGCCUUCAGGGAAGUCUUUAAGUGGCAUUAUGACUUCUGCUGUGACAGGGCAACCAGUAAAACUAUUCAAAUCAUCACCAUCACAUCCUGGGGAAUCUCAGCACUCCCAGCAGGUUUUCACCACAACCGGUGGAAAUGCUACUCAGGUUUUGAAAGUUGUCCCUAAAGUUAUGCCAAAGACGUUUCCCAUACAGAUCAAAGAAAUUCCAUCUUCUGGUAUGAAAACAAUAAAGCUGACUGCUUCACAAAUGCAAAACAUCAAGUUUGCAUCUGCUGGGAGCACGAAAAUCCAAAUUUCUCCACAAAUGACAUCAACUCCUCCAAGUAUUCCAAUAUUUACUUCACCUGGAACAAAUGCGAAAAAUGCUUCACCGCCAAUAUUAGCAAGAAAAAGACAAGAUCAUAGUGAUUUAGAACUUGCCCCCGAAUCGAAAAGAGGUAGGAAAUCCGAGAAGGUGGGCAAAGGUCUUCGACAUUUUUCCAUGAAAGUGUGUGAAAAAGUGAAGCAAAAAGGAGUGACGACGUAUAAUGAAGUCGCUGAUGAACUUGUUGGGGAAUUUACCACAGCCAACAGUAACAACAGUCUGGCUGAUCAGUAUGAUCAGAAGAAUAUCAGGAGGAGGGUUUACGAUGCUCUCAACGUAUUGAUGGCGAUGAAUAUCAUUUCCAAGGAGAAAAAAGAAAUAAAAUGGAUCGGCCUGCCCACGAACUCGCUGCAAGAGUGCCACCAGCUGGAGAAGGAGCUGCAGGAGAAGAUCCACCUGAUCAGGGAGAAGGAGAAGCAGCUCGACGAGCUGAUCCUCAACCAGAUCGCGUUCAAGAAUCUGGCGCGCCGCAACAGGGAGGCGGAGCAGCAGCACGGGCCUCCGCCACCCAAUUCGUACAUCCAGCUGCCCUUCAUUGUGGUGAAUACCAACAAAAAGACUGUCAUCAACUGUAGCAUCUCUAACGAUAAGAGGGAAUAUCUCUUUCAAUUCAAUGACAAGUUUGAAAUAAACGAUGACGUAGAAAUUCUGAAAUCCAUUGGAAUGUUAGCAGGACUAGAUACUGGAAAUUGCACAAAUGAAGAUCUGACGAAAAUCAGAAAUAUGAUACCUGAAUCACUGUGGCCAUAUCUUGAAAAAAUAGCGACUGGCCAGCCGACCGCCGUCGACGAGAUCAUAGAUGGCGCCCGCGCCGGCUCCAGCGCGCACCUCAACGCAGAAGAGUUCCUGGAGACCACCUUGGACGAGGAGAAUUCGCGCCAGUCGUCCAGCGAUCCCCAUUCGCCCGGCCCCCACGACUUUUCCGACGAGGAAGUCGAAUCCGACUUGUCCAGCGACAACGAACUGAACUAGAACUGAUAUGUUUUUGGGAAUAUGGUGUUCUUAGUCAAGGCUGGUUCCCAUGGUUACAUUGGUCAAAAACUGAUGGCACUUAUGAGGUUCUUGUUCAUUGAAAAUCUGUGAGAGGCGCUGA